CGAGCGACGGGCGGACCCUGGGAUCGCUGUUGUGCUUCCAACGUGGGACUGCGGAGCGAUCGCCCACAAAAAAAGGGAAAAGUAACUCGGCGAAGGAGAAAACUCAUGGUGGUAAAAGCACGCUCGAAAAGAGGAGGGGGCUGCAGUUUUGUUAUUUAUCGGAUCCGCUGGAUUUUGCGAGCGCAGACUGCACCUGACGGGCUGCCGGUGGAGUUUCUUUGGAUGGUACCGAGUCGGCGUUUCAAAGUUGGAUUUAUGCGGUUCAGGUUCGGAGGAGAGCCCACGGAGCAGCGCUCGGUUUGAGAGUUUCAACCACUGUUUCUAACUUAUUUACUAAGUACCUAUUUUUUUUUUAUUGUUUUGGUGGCGAACCGUCCAAACUCCGCUUGAAGUUUGUGCUAACGGCAGAUUUCGAGACGUUGAGCCGCUGGAGUCGGGCGCAGAGUGAGCGUCCUUUUAACGUCUGGCUCCUCGGUGCUUUCAAACUUAGUUGCGAAGACAACUCUUUCACCACCCUUCCCCAUUUCGGACAUUUUUCAUUUAUUUUUUUUUUUGCCACUUUAUUUGAGUUAAAUGUUUCCAACAGUCCACCUCAGUUUCUUCUGUGAUUUUUCUUGAAUUUUACUCCCGCGUCGGACUCCGGGGGAGAAAGUUGGGAGUGAGGACUUGUUUCAGACAUGAGUUCCGCGGAGACGGACUUUCCCGCAGUCGUUCGUGGCACAAAAAGAUAGUUAAUGAGCCGCGAAGGGUUUUUACUUUUCCCCGAGCGAGACUGAUAACAAAUUUCCCAGCCUGUGGGCACCGGGAGAGCUCCGCGGCCGCGCUGCUAUACUGGAUACAAAAUGGCGCCGUCCCUGGGACCGCUCGGAUGUGUUUCUCGCUGUGUCUUUUAUUUAAUGUUGUCGCUGGAGCUCUUAAGCUGUUUUGGACUGAGUUCGGACGCACCUUGCCCUCAGAACUGUACCUGCAGCGGGGACUCGGUGGACUGCAGUGGCCUGGAGCUGACCGUCCCGCCUGCGGACCUUCCAGUUUGGACCGUUUCCUUAAAUCUUGGACGGAAUAAGCUGGCCUCCCUCAGCGCCGAAGCCUUUGCCAAUCUUCCUAACUUACGUGAACUACGCUUGGAUCACAAUGAGCUGACGUCCAUACCAGAUUUAGGACGGGCCGCUUCCAACGUCGUAUCCCUCUACCUACAUCAUAACAAGAUCCGCACUAUCGAUGGCAGCCGAACCACAGAGCUGGUUUCCGUGGAAACGCUGGACCUGAGCAAUAACGAUAUUACCGACCUGCGAGGGGACGGCUUUCCCGCCGGCCUUCAGAUCAGAGACCUAUACCUGAGCAACAACAAGAUCAGCACGCUGCAACUCGGAGCGCUGGAUCACCUGGGUUCAACAUUGCAAGUUCUGAGACUGAGCCGAAACCGCAUCAGCCAGAUCCCGAUCCGAGCCUUCCAGCUCCCGAGACUCACCCAGCUGGAGCUGAACAGGAACCGGAUCCUUCAGAUUGAGGGUCUGACCUUCCAGGGUCUGUCCAGUCUGGAGGUGCUGAAACUGCAGAGGAACAGCAUCAGCAAACUGACUGAUGGAGCCUUCUGGAACCUGUCCAAAAUGAAAAUCCUGCACCUGGAGUAUAACAACCUGACAGAGGUGAACAGCGGCUCCCUGUACGGCCUGAGCUCUCUGACGCAGCUUUUCCUCAGCAACAACUCGAUAGCCCGCAUCAACCCCGACGGCUGGAAGUUCUGCCAGAGGCUGAGGGAACUGAAUCUGUCGUACAACAACUUGACCCGUCUGGACGAGGGGAGUCUGGCCGUGCUGGGGGAUCUACACUCACUGCGGCUGGGCCACAACUCCAUCAGCCACAUUAAUGAGGGGGCCUUCAGGGGCCUCAAGGCUCUACGAGUCCUGGAGUUGGACCAUAACGACAUCUCUGGCACAAUAGAGGACACCAACGGGGCCUUCACUGGAUUGGACAAGCUCAACAAGCUGACUCUGUUUGGAAACAAGAUCAAAUCGGUGGCCAAAAAAGCCUUCGCCGGCCUGGAGACCCUGGAACACCUGAACUUGGGUGACAACGCCAUCCGUUCUAUCCAGCCCGAUGCGUUCAGCAAGAUGAGGAACCUCAAAAGCCUUCUCAUCCAGAGCAACAGUUUCCUCUGUGACUGCCAGCUCCAGUGGUUGCCCUUCUGGCUCCACGCCCAUGGCCUACAGGCAGAUGUAAACGCCACCUGUGCCCACCCAGUGAGCCUGCAAGGAACCAGCAUAUUUGAAGCGCCACAAAACAGCUUUGUGUGUGACGACCUUCCCAAGCCUCAGAUCACCGUCCAGCCAGAGAACACGGUGACGUUGCUAGGCAGCGACGUGCGUCUCACUUGCACGGCGGCGAGCAGCAGCUCUUCCCCCAUGACGUUCGCCUGGCGCAAAGACCAGGAGCUGCUCCGCCACGGAGAGAUGGAGAACUUCGCACACGUGCGCACUCAGGGCGACACGCCGGCCGUCGCAGGAGGUGUGAUGGAGUACACCACCAUCCUGCACCUGCGGCGCGCCACCUUCACCGAUGAGGGCCGCUACCAAUGCAUCAUCACCAACCACUUUGGCUCCACCUACUCCAGCAAGGCUCAAGUUGUUGUCAACGUCCUGCCGUCUUUCCUGAAGACUCCCAAGGACAGCACCAUCCGCACGACCCAAACUGCCAGGUUGGAGUGCGCCGCCGAGGGCCACCCGGCGCCCCAGAUCGCCUGGCAGAAAGACGGCGGCACGGACUUCCCCGCCGCGCGGGAGCGGCGGAUGCACGUCAUGCCCGACGACGACGUGUUCUUCAUCACGGACGUGAAGCCCGAGGACAUGGGCGUGUACAGCUGCACGGCCAAGAACACGGCGGGCACCGUGUCGGCCAACGCCACCCUCACCGUCCUGGCGACUCCCAGCCUGGCACAGGAAAUGAAGGACCACCGUGUGGCGGAGGGCGACACGGUGGUGCUACAGUGCAAAGCCGUUGGCAGUCCACCCCCGCGAAUCACCUGGCUGCGCGACGACCAGCCGCUGCGACCCUCCGACCGCCACUACUUCACCCCGGGCAACCAGCUGCUGGUCAUCGGCGCCGCCUCGCCGGAGGACGCCGGACGCUACACCUGCCUCAUGUCCAACACGCUGGGCACGGCGCGCGCCCACAGCCAGCUGGCCGUGACUCAGCCCAGGGGCACGUGUGUGCUGCCGCCGGGCCUCAGCAGCACCGUCACCAUUGGCAUCAUCGUCAUCGCCGUGGUGACGAGCAUCGUGGCCACGUCGUUGGUGUGGGUCUUCAUCAUCUACCAGACGAGGAAGAAGAGCGAGGAGUGCAGCGUGACCAACACGGACGAGACGAUCGUCCCUCCGGACGUCCCCAGCUACCUGUCGUCUCAGGGCACGCUGUCCGAGCGGCAGGACGUGUGCAUUCGCGUGGAAGCCGGAGGUGGACCGCAGCCCAACGGGGACAUCGUGGACGCCUCAGGUUUCAACAGAGCGGUGGUGUGCACAGACUGCAUGGAGACCGGCAACAGUUACUCCAACGACGUCGACUACCUGGCUCAGGGAUACGGCGGCGAGUACCAGCAGCAGCAGCAGCAGCAGCAGCAGCUGCUGGGACCGCCGUCCUACUCUGAGUGUUACCCGGGGGAACCGAGGGACACGGGGUCGCACGCAGCCGCUCCGCUCUGCAACGGCACUCCCCACGGAAACCGAAAGGACACGCAAGGAUCCGCUUUCCCCAAAAAUCACGACACGAUAGAGAGGAGUCACAACGAGCAAAGAGCGAGCAGAGCGGGCCACACGUCGGCGGGCCCGCCGUCGCAGGACGACUCCUUCCACGAGCCGGUGAAGCUGCCCGGCGGGACGGGCCGCCCGCCGCGCACGGACACCGACUGCGGGCCUGAGCUCAGGCAGACUCUGCUGCCUAACGGACACGCCCUCAGAGCCUCUCAGAACGAGAGCGCCCCCCUGAGGAGAGCCAGCGACUAGCAGACACUGAAUCAAGCCCCAAAAUGUGGACUUUUUUUUUUUUAAGGAAAAAGAAAAAAAUAUAUAUAUCUUUCUUUGCACUGGGAAAUAAACUGCUACCUCACAUCGAGGGGAACGAUCCCGAGCCUCCCGGAUCCGAGGACCGACACGGCGAUUCCGGGGAGGAACCAAUAGGGAGAGAGUCCGGAGUCUGAAGAUGGAGCUUGUGCGGGUGGCGUCCCGCCCGAGCGUAUUGGCUGUACAUAGUUUAAAACCUUCAUUUGGGAGGUGACCAGUUUAAAGAAAGAACUCUAGCGCCAAAAAGAGAAAAAAAAAAAAAAAUGUGACUUGCAUUUGAAGCAUGCAAACAUAGGGAAUCUUGUACAGUGUAAUUAUGUGCAGUAGGGAGGGAAACAGAAAUAUACAGUGGGACUUUUGACUGUACAUAAGAGUUUUCUUAUAUAUUAUAUAACUUUUUCAAAAGAGUGUUUGAAUAUAUGUGCAUGGCAAAGAAAGAAGUGAUAUUUUUAUUGCUAGGGAAAAAAAAACAGCCUUUUUCAGCUUCUACCAACAUCCAGCUGCAGUGCCUUAUUGCAUGAUCAAAGAUUCAACCUGUGAUUUUUAUUUAUUUUUUUUUUUGUAAUUUUCAAAGAAAUCUUUUGAGAAAAAUACAGGUACACCCUUCAUCGCAAACAAGACACUUGGUUGCACUUGACGGUAUGUUUUUAGUUUUUCCGGAGAGGAAAGUGCCAUCGGCUACGGCCUUACAGAAACACAACGCCUGUGCGCCGUUGCAGUAUGAAGGAAGGGCUCCGAUGUGAAACCGUUUCGGUACGUUUGUGGGGCAGGCGGUCAGCUCAAGCACUUUUUAAACUCUUCGCAAGCAGAUGUCGUGCACAUCGUCUGUCGACAGGAGUUCGGGGGAACCUGCUCCAGGCAGAGCAGGUUUUUCCAAAGUCGCCAGGACAUGUGGCGCGAAUGUUUUUCCACCCGUUUGACGUCGUUAUGCUACAUAUUACCACAAAGCUGCUCCGAACCGACUAGGAUUAAUGUGUCUCUUAGGAUAGUUGAAUUCAGUGACAUUGUGACAAAUGGAAUAAAACUUUGUCAUCACCUGGAAGCCGCAAGAGCCAAAAACGACCCCCAAUAGAAAUGGAGAUGCACCGAUCAGAGCCAAUAUUUGUUUUCAGAAUUCGAAAACGAAACUGAGAUUUCCAAAAGGCGGCGAGCUCCAUUCGGUUUCCUACCGAGACUGAUGGUCAAAAUGCCUCCUUAGAAAAGUUUAAUUUCAAAUUCUGGCAUCUAAUCCAGAGUUUCUGCAGGUUUCACCAACUCAAAUUUAGAGUUUCCAAGACCGUUAUGAGUAGAAUUUGAGGCCUAUAUAUGGAAAUGUACGACCUUCGUCCAACAGAGUGGUGAUGUAUCCACUCUAGAUAAAUAACCCAGCUAGUCAAGGUAUGUUUUGGUUCACAGAACGUGAGCCUGUGUGACUGGAUGGGACAGAAAAGUUAAGUAAAAAUAAGAAGAUAAAAUACUAAAUUAAAUAGUCCUCCCAAGACCAAAUUGUAAGGACCUGUGAUUAACGUACUAAAAGCCAACAUAUUUUUUCAAAAUCAAUUUCAGAAAUCUUAAGUCCUUAAUUUUAGAGACAUGAAUUUAAGACAUUUUAUAUAUAAAUAGUCUUGCGUCUUAUGUCAGUAUCAACCUCCAUGCCAAGGAGUGUUGGCAGCACAGCCUGGUGUUAAUUAGUUGUGAAAACGAAGGCAGUUUUGAAAUAUUGGCUAAUAUGAAAACCGGCCGAUUCCAGUCACCAGCUGAAGUAUCGGUGCAUCUCCAGGCGCCGUCUUUCCCUCUCCAUUCAUUUCCUGUGGCGCCUGCGCAGUUUCGAGCUUCUAGACAUACAUGGCCAGUGACAAAGUUUUUCAUUUAUCCUUCCAAAGGUUUGAAGUUUUUGUCGCUGUCGACUCCGCCGUGUCCCGUGUGUCGGGUCCACCCCGCCCCCCGAACCUCAUAGCCCAUAAGGCACAUUCACAAUGAAAGCUACAAUCGGGCUUUGUUUUGAUGAUGUUACUGCUGUAAUCUUCCACACCUGCUGUUGUAGCAGAAAGGCCAGUAUCCCGCCCACGCCCAUCGCUGCAGUUCAGACACGCAUGACGUCUUGAGGGUAAACGCUGUGAACCGUCGGGAAGCUCGUGAAAAUGCGCUCGAACCGCCUUCUCCCGCAGUCCCUGAACACACCACGGGCCACGUUCUUUGGGUUUCAGUUUCAGAGGUAAGGCGGAGGACAUCGUCCUCCUGUUACGCCUAGAGGUGACUUUCCCCCCUCCCUCACCCUAAAGGGACGAGAGACAGACAGAGACAGACAGAGCGAGGUGCAGUUCAUGUUCUGAGACUAAUUUAUUGAAGCAAAGCGUCUGUACCAAUGUCAAAGCUAAAUAAUAAAAAUAAAACAGUGAAGUGUCUAACAUGGCAUUGAAGUGUCUAAUAAAAAUCACAUUUUGCUAUGAUGACAGA